GUCCGAAAAAAACACCAAUAACACCCUGUAAAAAUCUCAUUAGCGUAGGAAUUCGGGUGGGUGUUUCAAGGGAAUGGUUUAAAUGGGAUUGGAAUUAGAGCAUCUAUGUUAACAUCAGAGACGAGGAUUCGAGAAAAGAAUUGUAUUUUUUAAAAAAUAUUCAACUCACCAAAUGAACUCCGUCAGAGCAACCAACAGAAGACCAAGGCGAGUAUCGAGGCCGCGCCCGGUGCAGCCGGAAAGGAACAACGGAGAAAGAGAUGAGGACCUCCCUGCAGAUAUGGUUGCAGAAGAAUCUGGUCCAGGUGCUCAGAACAGUCCGUACCAACUCCGCAGAAAGUCUUUGUUGCCCAAGAGAACUGCGUGCCCCACAAAAAACAGUAUGGAGGGAGCCUCCACGUCCACCACAGAAAACUUUGGCCACAGAGCUAAGCGUGCCAGGGUGUCGGGAAAGUCUCCAGACCUACCAGCUGCACCUGCAGAGCAGUACCUGCAGGAGAAGCUUCCAGACGAGGUGGUUCUGAAGAUCUUCUCCUACCUGCUGGAGCAGGACCUGUGCCAGGCAGCGUGUGUGUGCAAACGCUUCAGCGAGCUUGCCAAUGACCCCAUUCUCUGGAAGAGACUAUAUAUGGAAGUAUUCGAGUACACGCGUCCCAUGAUGCACCCUGAGCCCGGGAAGUUCUACCAGAUCAACCCUGAAGAACACGAACAUCCCAACCCAUGGAAAGAGAGCUUCCAGCAACUGUAUAAAGGAGCACACGUGAAGCCUGGUUUUGCAGAACAGUUUUACAGUAACCCUGGAAGAUACAAAGGCAGAGAGAAUAUGCUGUAUUACGACACUAUUGAAGACGCACUGGGAGGUGUGCAGGAGGCCCACUUUGACGGCUUGAUAUUCGUCCAUUCUAGCGUUUACACAGACGAAUGGAUUUACAUUGAAUCUCCGAUCACGAUGAUUGGUGCAGCUCCAGGAAAAGUGGCAGAUAAGGUCAUCAUUGAGAACACCAGAGAUUCCACGUUUGUCUUUAUGGAGGGAUCAGAAGACGCCUAUGUGGGCUACAUGACCAUUAAGUUCAACCCUGAUGAUAAAUCAGCCCAGCAUCACAACGCCCAUCACUGCCUGGAGAUCACCGUCAACUGCAGCCCCAACAUUGACCACUGCAUUAUCCGCAGCACCUGCACAGUGGGGUCUGCAGUGUGUGUCAGCGGACAGGGUGCCUGUCCCACCAUCAAACAUUGCAACAUCAGUGACUGUGAAAAUGUCGGUCUGUACAUCACUGAUCAUGCACAGGGCAUUUACGAGGAUAACGAAAUCUCAAACAACGCUUUGGCCGGAAUCUGGGUGAAAAACCACGGCAACCCCAUCAUACGACGGAACCACAUCCAUCACGGCCGAGACGUGGGGGUUUUCACUUUCGACCAUGGCAUGGGAUAUUUUGAAAGCUGCAACAUCCACAGGAACAGGAUUGCGGGGUUUGAAGUGAAGGCGUAUGCCAACCCUACGGUGGUACGCUGUGAGAUUCACCACGGCCAAACAGGAGGCAUUUAUGUCCACGAAAAGGGGAGGGGCCAGUUUAUAGAGAACAAGAUCUAUGCCAAUAACUUUGCAGGCGUUUGGAUCACGUCCAACAGCGAUCCUACGAUCAGGGGGAACGCCAUCUACAAUGGAAACCAAGGAGGUGUUUACAUCUUUGGCGACGGGAGAGGUCUCAUAGAGGGAAAUGAUAUUUAUGGAAACGCCCUCGCUGGAAUUCAGAUCAGAACCAAUAGCUGCCCCAUUGUCAGACAUAAUAAGAUCCAUGACGGGCAGCAUGGGGGAAUCUAUGUGCAUGAGAAGGGCCAGGGAGUGAUAGAGGAAAAUGAAGUGUACAGUAACACGCUGGCGGGUGUGUGGGUGACCACGGGAAGUACGCCUGUACUCAGGAGGAACAGAAUACACAGUGGAAAACAGGUUGGAGUGUAUUUCUAUGACAAUGGGCAUGGGGUGUUGGAAGAUAACGAUAUCUACAAUCACAUGUAUUCUGGCGUCCAGAUCAGAACUGGUAGCAAUCCCAAAAUAAGACGAAAUAAAAUCUGGGGUGGACAGAAUGGAGGUAUCCUUGUUUACAAUUCAGGGUUGGGCUUCAUUGAGGACAAUGAGAUCUUUGAUAACGCCAUGGCGGGGGUGUGGAUUAAGACCGACAGCAACCCAACGCUGCGCAGGAAUAAGAUCCAUGACGGCCGAGACGGGGGCAUCUGCAUAUUUAACGGAGGGAGGGGAGUUCUGGAGGAGAAUGACAUUUUCAGGAAUGCCCAGGCUGGAGUUCUCAUCAGUACAAACAGUCAUCCUGUGUUGCGUAAGAACAGGAUAUUCGACGGUUUUGCUGCAGGCAUUGAGAUCACCAACCAUGCCACGGCGACCUUAGAGGGCAAUCAAAUUUUCAACAACAGAUUUGGAGGGCUGUUUCUCGCUUCGGGUGUCAACGUCACCAUGAAAGAUAACAAAAUCAUGAACAAUCAAGAUGCCAUUGAGAAAGCAGUAAGCCGAGGUCAGUGCCUGUACAAGAUUUCCAGUUACACCAGCUACCCCAUGCAUGAUUUCUACAGGUGUCAUACCUGUAACACAACAGACAGAAAUGCAAUUUGUGUGAACUGCAUCAAGAAAUGUCACCAAGGUCAUGACGUGGAGUUUAUACGUCACGACAGGUUUUUCUGUGACUGCGGCGCUGGUACAUUGUCAAAUCCUUGCACAUUGGCUGGAGAACCGACACACGACACGGACACUCUGUACGACUCGGCGCCCCCUAUAGAAUCCAACACGUUACAGCACAACUGAGCCCCACGCUCGCCCACAACACAACACUUUGGUCUUUAAUAUGCCUGCCUACCAAUCGAGAGCUUCUGCCAUUCUGAACUCAGACUGACUGUGUGUGUCUGUGUGUGUAUGCGUGCGUGUGUGUGUGUGUGUGUGUGUGUGUGUGUGCGUGCGUGCGUGCGUGUGUGUGUGAAAGUAUGCGGAGAACAGAACUGCUAAAACUGAGCAAAUUGUUGUCCGGAAAGGAAAAGGAAAAAAAAAAAAAACCUUUAUAAAAGGAGGAGGAAGGAGUGUCAACGGAAAGCUGCCCCAGUGCUGGUUUGAAACGUCUGUAUUUUGCUGAUUGGAUAAGCGCAAUGAUGCACAGUGGACCUGUUCUCUCCUGGUCUAAUGGCUUUCAGAGUGUGAAUGAGAUUGUUGAAAAGAUCAAGGGAAAAAAAAUUGCAAAGAGAAGCAAUAUGUUGACUCAGGAUUCGGGGGAUGAAUAGAGAUGGGAGCCACAGUGCGGUUUUUUUUUUUUUUGGAGGGGAGGGGGGCAAACGAGAGAGACAUCCUCUUGACACCCCCCCCUUUACCCUCCUCCCAUUUCAACGCCGGCUCCGGUCUCGUGGAUUCGGGCAGAACCAGAUGGAGGAGUUCUACUGCGGUUUUUUGUACAGCCCUGAUGCAGGCCGGUUACACAGGGAGCCAUAAGUUCUGUCCCAAGAGAAGAGGCAUCUUGGACAGGAGGCAGAGCCAUGCCGACAUUGGUUCCCUGACAACUGUUUCUAGGCAACAGAUGUGCUGGUAUAUAUGUAU